AAACUUAGCAGCCCUGUUUAAGAAAUAUUAUAAAAAGAAAAAAACUUUUCUAGAUAAUACUUAUUUUAAGAUAACAUAUGGAUAUAGUUUAGAAUUAAUUUUAAAUGUCUUCACUAUCAAGAAGAACGAAAUCUCUCGACUUGUUCUUGCAAAAACUACCAAACCUCUUGACGAAAUGUAAUCUGACAAGCAAGAUAAAAAAAAAUUACACAGUGCGCCAACAGAUUCUCAUGGCUAGAGGAUUGCCCGAUAGGUCUGCCUUGCCUGGUGUUGAAGAUAUAGUGGUGGUGGCAUCUGGAAAGGGAGGUGUGGGGAAAUCCACCGUUUCAGUUAACUUAGCUGUUAGCUUGGCCAACAUGGGCAUUAGAACAGGUUUACUUGAUGGUGAUAUAUUUGGCCCAUCAUUGCCAUUGAUGAUGAAUAUCCGUGAACAGCCACUACUCGAUGAUAACAACCGAAUUGUACCUCCAGUUAAUUAUGGAGUGAAGUGUUUAUCUAUUGGCUUAUUAACAGAACAAAAUAAAGCAAUCAUUUGGCGUGGCCCUUUAGUGAUGUCAGCUUUACAACGUCUAUUAAAAGGAGCUGUUUGGGGGCCCUUAGAUAUACUAAUUGUGGACACUCCGCCUGGAACUGGCGAUGUACAUUUAUCUUUAUCCCAAAAUGUUCCUUUAUCGGGAGUAGUACUAGUCAGUACACCGCAAGUAGCCGCGUUGCAAGUUGCCGCCCGGGGUGCGCAAAUGUAUAAAACUUUUGGCAUUCCUUUGUUGGGUUUAAUCGAAAAUAUGAGUUAUGCAGUUUGUGGUAAUUGCCAAAAUAGUUUCGAAAUAUACGGAAAUACUACAGAAACAUAUGUGGAUCAAAUGCAAACCAAAGUUCUGGCCUCUCUACCUUUGGACGCUACUAUAACGGGUUGUUGCGAUGCCGGUGUGCCAGUCGUUUUGCAACAUAAAACUUCUGUUUAUGCUAAAAGUUUUCAGAAUUUAGCCAAAGAAAUAGUGAAACUUUUGGAAAGGCAGAAACAAGAAAUUAAGAAGGAAUAAUUAUAAAAACAAGAGUUUCGCUUUAAGUCAAAUUUAAUAUUCUAUUUUUCUUUCUCUCAAAACAAUAUGUGCCGUCAUUUAAAAUUGGGUUCCAUUAAAA